AUGACGACAACACUCUCAACCAAGCAAGGAAUGCUGACGAAGACGAUGGGACGACUGUCCGCUCUCCUAGACAAUGUGCCCGAGGAAACUCAACCUGCAGAAAGGGAAGACGAUGAGAACAUCCCUUCUAGAAAACUGCAGCUGAUGAAGCUGAAGAAGAGCAUCGAAAUUGCCUGCGCUAGUGUUGAAACCGCCCUUAAUGCUUACACUACUGCAGCAGACACACUCGACAAAGAAAGUCUUCAAGGAAAUCCGAUCUUGGACAAAAUUUCGUCGAACGCAUCGAUAGCUCAAGACCUCAUCCUUCGCGCUCAGAGCAGUCGGAUCGAACUCGAGAUGGCCUUGGAAGAGCUAUCAAUGGUCGCAUCUGAUGAACUGCAAACAGCGCCAAUGCAGCUGGCUCCCAUACCAAUCCCUAAAUUUAGUGGGAAAGUCUGGGAAUGGGAAAGUUUUUGGAGUGCCUUCGAAUUCUCUAUCCAUUCCCGUAAGAUCGAGGACAUCUAUAAAAUGAACUACUUGAUGGAAUCGUUGGAAGGGGAAGCGAAAAAAUCACUGAAACGAUUCCAAAUCAGUGGAUCAACAUACGCAAUGGCUAUCGCCCAUCUAAAAAAGAAAUUCGGUAAUCCCCAGCUACUGCUUGAAGAAUUGGCUAGACAACUUGAAGGCUGUUGUGCUAGCACCAAUCGUAUUGAAGAUCAAAUGACGCUCUACGAAGAACUUUCUUCAAUCCUCAAUCAAAUGGCCCUCAAAGGAGAAUGUAUAGACACCGUAGUUCUGCAGAAACAAGUUCUGUCCAAAUUCAGUGAACGCGUACAACGUCACGUCUUAAGGAAGAAGCACGAACAGACCGCUAGCGAACCAUGGACCACUGAACUAUUAUUGUCUCAUAUCAGCGAUUUCCUCGAUACUGAGAUGGAGAUAAAACAUCAUCUUCAAGAACAAAACCAAGAUCAGCCGUACAAACCAUCGCAAAACAACAUCGUCAAGAGGACAACAGACAUACGUAUCAGUAAAGAAGGAACUCAUACGUGCUUUUAUUGCAGACGUGGUAACCAUUCACCAAGAGACUGUUCAGAAUAUAGUACACGAGAGCAAAGACUCGAUCACUUGAAACGGUUCUCCCUUUGUAUGAACUGUGGAGAAGCAAACCACAUAGCUAGCGCCUGCACCAAAGGUGCUUGUCGAUUGUGUCAUCAGAAAGGGCAUCACACGUCCAUAUGCCCGCAAACUAUUCGUACAACAGAACAAAGACCAACAUCUUUUCAAAGGAAGCCACCCACAACAAAUGAAAAUCCUAAACCUCCCGCGCAGAGGAAAACAAGACAACAUUUCGUCUCUUCCACGCCGAACGAAGACGACGAUGAUGAAGACAAUGUCGAAGCAGCAACGUGCAUGAAAACCACCUCCAUAGUAUCAAAGACAAAACAAUGCGUUCUCGUCGGAGAAGCAAAACAAACAAUUCUGAACACAAAAACCUCAAGCAUGGGAAACAUCAACGAUGUGGAACUUUUGGACUGGAAUAGGCACAGUACCCUUGACUCAGCCCAGACGUCUAUAGCAUACGCACUACGAUUUUUGAGGGAGCUGUGUUGCCGUGUUCAAGAAAAAACCGCGUCAAGAAUAACAACGCAAGUUCCAGAACUCAGGAUGCGACCGGACAGCAAGUUCAUCACGGUAGCUGAAAGGAAAGCUGCAUUACAAGUCAUUAUACGCGCGCAUCAAAGUACCCAUGUUACACAACAACUCAAACGCUCCCUGAAAAACCUCAAUCUACAACCAGAUCAGUACGGCAUUCUGCGCUGUCGAGGAAGACUUGACAAUGCGAAUAUUCCCGAAUCCGCGAAACACCCCAUCACAACACAUAUUGCUCCACCUGAACAACGGGGCAGAACUUCGGAUCAUAACGACAACAUCAUUGAAAAGCCGGGAGUAUAG